AUGGUAAACGUUCCUACAACCCGCCAAACUUUCUGUAGGAAGUGUGGCAAGCAUCAGUCCCACCAAGCAACACAGUACAAGAAGGGCAAGCAUUCUCUGUGUACGCAGGGAAAGCGGCGUUAUGACAGGAAGCAGAGUGGCUAUGGUGGGCAGACUAAGCUGGUUUUAUGGAACAAAAAAAAAAAGGCUAAAACUACAAAGAGGAUUGUGCUGAGGCUUGAGUGUGUUCAGCUUAACUACAGACCUAAGAGAAUGCUGGCUAUUAAGAGAUGCAAGCAUUUUGAACUGGGAGGAGAUAAGAAGAGAAAGGGUCGAGUGAUCCAGUUCUAA